GAUGGUGUGCGCACCUCCGAAAAGCCCCUACAUUGUACAAAUGAUCGAGUGGUUUGAUCAGCCACAUCAGUUCAUCAUAGUUAUGGAAUAUCCACAUCCAUGUCAGACCUUGCUGGAAUUUACCAUGUGCCAUGGAUGUUGUCUGGAUGAAUCUGUGGCACGUGGUUUAAUGCGGCAAGCGGUGCUUGCAGCCAAACACUGCAUUGAACGGGGCAUCUUACACAAUGACAUCAAGACGGACAACAUGCUGGUCAACACAGAGACACUGCAGCUCAAACUAAUAGACUUUAGCUGUAGCAAACGUAUUAACAUGUCUUGCUCUGAAGAUCAUCAACAGGCGGUUGGAUCAACAGUCUGGUCUUUGGCUAUGGUACUUUUGGAGAUAGUAAACGGAGACCAGCCCAUGAGUGUUUUGCAGAAAGCACGUCAUCCUUUGAUACCAAAUUUCUCCAGUGCUCCCUCUUUAAUCAUGGGAAAUUUGAAGUACAUGCGCUUCUCCAGACCGAAGAUAUCGGUGAAAGUUUUUUUCCAAGGUAAGUUUUUCACUUCACCACAUCUCUUCCACAUUGAAUAGCUUGUCAUCCUUACAUGACUGUUAAAGGUAACUUACAUUUUGGUAAACCUUAAUCUGUGCCAUGCAAUGUCAUAAAAUCUAGAGAAAUGUUUGAGGUAGGGCUGGGAUAAACGAUUAUUUUUUAAACUA